AUGUUGAUAAGGGGAAGGAAUAUAAUUACUCAUUUUCAUUUUAAUUUGCCGAUUUUUUUUCAUAUAAGAUAUAAAUGCAAUUUGAACAUUAAGAAGACGCAUAACCAUUUUUUAAAAAACUUAUGUAACAAAAAUGUUAUAAAUAAUAUGGAUUGCUUAAAUUUAAUUGAGAACAUGAAAUAUGUAGAUGAGAAUAAUGUAAGUAAAGAUAUAAUUUUUCGUUAUAUAGAAAAAUUGAAAUGUGUGAAUGAUAUAUGGAAUGUAAAUAAGAUAUAUGUUAUUUUUAAGACAUUAAUAAAAUAUAAUAUAUAUGAUAUGAUAUUAUUAAAGAAGAUAGAAAAUAAUAUUAUUAAUAUAAAUAUAGUAGAUGAUAUAAAAAAGGAUUAUUAUGAAAAUAUUUAUAUUAUAAGAAUAUCUUAUGUAUUAUAUGCAUUUUAUUAUUUUUUAAAUGAAAAUAUUAAUCUAAAAGUUGUACACAAUUUAAUUAAUAUUCUCCAUAGAAAGAUUGAUUAUAUUAUAUAUCAUAAAGAUUUUUUUAAUGAGUUUAUUUUAAAUCAUAUUAAAAAAUAUGAUGAACAAAAUAAAAAAAAUGUAACUUAUAAGAAGGAUACACCAGGUAAUGAUUUCUUGAAGGAUAGGGAUAUAAAGGUUGGUAUGAAUAAUGUGAGAAAAAAUAUAUCGAACAUAUCAAACAAAUCAAACAUAUCAAACGUAUAUAAUAUAUCCAAUCAUAUGUCUAAUAAUAUUCAUGAUAAUAUAACUCAACAACCUUUGACCCUCCAAUAUGAUACAAAUCAUUCUAGAGACAUGUUUGUGAGAAAUAUAAAUUUCCAUGAAAUAUAUUUAAGCAUCAUUACUUUAAAGAAGUUGGGAUAUAAUAAAAAUGAAGAAUUUAUAAAAAAGCUGAAGUUUUUAUUUUAUUUUAAUUGUAUUAAUUUGGAUAAUAAGAUAAACGACAAAGAUUUGAAAUAUAUCACUUUAUUGUUUAAUAUUUUUUAUGAGGACACCGAUUUAUAUUUGCUUAGUAUUGUUAAAUAUGUUCUAUUAGAAAAUGAAAAAAAGAAUAAUAUGUUUCCUGAGACAGAUGAAAAUAAAAAUGUGUGUAGUAUACAUGACCUGUCCUUAAUCAUGUUAACAUAUUAUAAUAAAGAAAAAGGAAAAAAAAAAGAACAUACCAAAUAUGAGGAGGAACAAAAACAAAGCAAAAUAAAGAAAAAUAAUAUAAAGCAAAAUAAUAUGAAGCAAAAUAAUAUAAAGCAAAAUAAUAUGAAGCAAAAUAAUAUAAAACAAAAUGAUUAUGUUAAGGAGGAACCUAGUAUAACAUAUAACAAUUUUGAGGACACAAAUUAUCACGUUAAUGAUAAUAUAAUAAGCAUAAUUGAUCAUAUUAAAUAUUUAAGUGCUUAUAAAAAGAUGAAUUUAAAAUAUAUGCUUUCAUAUAUUAAAAGCAAAUAUGAUACAAAUUAUGAUUUAAAGGAUAUUAUAUAUAAUAAUGUUUUACAUUUGUUAUAUAAAAAAUAUGAACACAAUGUAAAUAUGAAAGAAAACAAGCGGAUAGAUAAAGAAGAAAAAGAAAAAGAAAAAAAAAUAAAUAAUAAUAAUAAUAAUAAUAAUAAUAUAUAUUAUGAAAAUAUAACUGAAGAUUUACAAAGUUUAAGUGAAUUAAUAAAAAUAUACAAUACAUAUUUAAAAUAUGAUAUAGACAUAUUAUAUUAUAUAUAUAUUAAAAAAUAUAUAGAAUAUUGUAAUAUCGAAACAAUAAUGAAUAUAUUUCAAGCCUAUAUUUUUGUAUACAACAUUAAUAAUGAGGAUAGCAAAAAUUAUAAUUACAUAAUCUCAUCGAAUGAGAUGCAACACAUGAAAGAAAAAAAAAAAGAAGACAACAAUGAAAAUGAAAAUAAAAAUAAAAAUAAAAACAACAACAAUAAUAAUAAUAAUAAUACCUAUAAUAAGUAUUAUUGUGAUGUUCGUAUGAAUAUACGUAACAAUUUAACAAAUUUAAAUAAUGUUGUUAUACAAAUAAUUAGCUCCAAAUCCUUAUAUAGAAUAUACCAUAUGUGCAAUAUUAACCAGAUAAGUCAUAUUUUAUAUUAUUUAUAUCAAAUUAAUAAUAUUAUAGAAAAUAAUAUUUAUGAAGAAUUAUAUAUUAACAAAUUAUAUAAUCAUAUAAAAAAUAUCGCAUUAAUUAGAUUAAAAUGUUUUUUAAAUAAUCAGGAAAAUAAAAGGAACAUGGAUACCUUCAAUGUUGAACGUAAUGAGGAGGGAUCCACAUUGAAGAACAUACAAUGUGAUAAUUUUUUAUCAGAAAAAUAUAUGGAAACAUUAAAAAAUGAUGACAAAUAUAAUAAUUACAUAGGAUAUAAUAAUAAUAAUAAUAAUAAUAAUACAUCAUAUAAUAAUAUAAUAUACAAUCAGGAUGAUAAAUAUUAUAACAAUGAUAAAGUGAAUAAUAUAUCAUCAUAUGAACGUAUGAUAAUUAAAAGAAAUGAGAACCUUGAAAAAAAGAAUAUUCAAGAAAAAAAAGAAUUUAAUGAAUAUAAAAAUAUGUAUACAUUCAAAUACACAAAUGACAUCAUAAAUUCCAUUAUAUUAUUAUUUAAUAUAUUUAGUAAAAGAAGUGAUACUAAAAAUAUAUCAAGUAUGAUUUUAAAAAUAUUGAAAAAAUCACAAUUUGAUGAAAGAGAUUAUUCAUGUAGCACAUACAUAAACAUACUGAACUCAUUUGCAAAAUUAAGAUAUAGAAAUGUUAAUAUGAUACAUAUGUUAUUAUUAAAAAUAAAAGAAAAUAUUGAUACUUUACAUUUUUUGGAGUAUACAAAUCUUGUAAUAUCCUUGUCAAAGUUAAAUAUAAUUGAUACUAAUUUUAACAAAUAUGAUAACAAUAUAUUUAAUGUAAACCAUAAAAUUAAAAAUAAUAAUGAUAAUAAUAAUAAUAAUGAUGAGGAUGGAAUAAAUCAUAUAUUUUUAAACAAAUAUAAUGAUAAUGAAGUAGAUGGAAUAAAUUAUAUACAAGUUACUAAUAAUUUAUAUGAUAUUUUUAAAAAAAUCGAUGAAAAAAUCUAUUCUGUUUCUUUUGUUCCAUGUUAUAAAAUGAUUCAUAUUAUAUCAAAUCUAUUACAUAGUUAUAUCGUGUUAGGGUUUGAUAAAAUUCAUUUUAAAAGUAUAAAUAGAAUGAUCGAAUGUGUUCAUGAUUAUAUAUUUCUAUAUUUUAAUAAGAAGGCGUUACACAAACAUGAUGCCUCUAAUGAAAUGUGUUUUGUGAAAAACGAAGAUUCUACACGCACAAAAGGACAUAUGAAUGAUGAACAAAAUGAUUUAUAUAAAAUAAAUAAUAAUACAACAUAUUUUUUUAACAAAAACCACUUUUGGUAUUUCAGUGGUAAAAACGAUAUCAUUAUAACAAAAAGGCAAGAGAACGAGGUACAAAAUAAAGAAAUUGAAGAGAAGGAUGGAUGUAAAUUUGAAGAAAUAAAUAAAGAAAAAAAAUUAUAUUUACCUGUACAGUCAUUAUACCAAAUAUAUUUAUUUUAUAUAUAUUUUAAUAUUUAUGUAAAAUAUUUAUUUACUUGUUACAUUAAUUAUUGUAAUGAGGAAACGGGUGUAUCUAAAGAAGAUAAGGAGAUGAUAGGAAUGAAGAAUAGAUAUAAUACAAUCAAUACGUUUGAUCAUAAUGUAUCAUAUAAUUAUUCUUCGUUUAAUACAUUGUAUAGUCCAUAUAUGUUUUUAAAAAAUAAAAAGACAAACAAUGAGGAGGUAUUUGAUGGUUCCUUACAUAAAAUUUUGAGUGAGAGUAGUAUAUAUGUAUUAAAUAAUUUAUUUCGAUUUGUUAAAUAUAUAAAUAAUUUCUUACAUAAAGCUAGUUAUGAAAAAUAUAAUUUUUUUUUACCAUUUUUAAAUGAUUAUAUAAAAAAUCAAAAAAAAAAUGAGGACUUGAUUGAACAGGUUAAAGCAUGUCAUGUUCAUUAUAGUCAAUAUAAUAAGAAACUAGCAUCGUCAAGUUUUCACAGGGACGUUUUUAUAACAUUACGUGCAUUGGAUAUUAAAAAUAUGGAGUGUGAGGUACCCUUUCUUGAUGGUAUAUACACUAUAGACAUUGUUAUAGGCAACAAGAUAUGUAUCGAAAUUAAUGGACAUAACCACUACUAUUAUGACAAGGACAUGAAAAGAUGUUAUGAUAAAAUUGAAGCACAAAAUUUAAUAAAAUAUUAUUUGUUGAGUAAAAAAUAUAAACUCAUUUUAGUAAAUUAUUUUGAAUGGGUUAAUCUUUCUACGGUGGAAGAGAAAAAAGAAUUCUUGAUGAAAAAAAUAAAAUCGACAAAUAUGUUUUAG